AUGCCCAAUCCUCCGAAGAGUCAUCUGCUCCGUCUAAUCCUCCUCUUGGCCACCAUCAACCUGGCCAGGAUGGCACCGCGACAGGUCAUCCCCUUGGACCUGAGGGAGCUACUGGGGGGCUUCAAUUUCCCGCAGCCGCAGGAGAAGGACCAGGAGAUACCCGAGCCGCGUGGCCUCUAUGUGAACCUAGAUGUGGGCCAGGAUGGCCUGCUGGACGACCUGGAGCAGGUGCUCCUGGUGACCAGUGGCCUGAGUCCCGCGCAGAUUGCCCAGCGGCGGGCCGAGGACCCGGGUCUCCGGAACCAGGGCAGACACUUCUUCAGGAACGGCGGUGGCACCACGGUCUUUUUAAUCUCUGGACUGGGCUCCGGCAGCGGCGGCGGCAUCAACAACACUAACACUAAUAACAUUGUGACCAAUGCCACGGCCACGCCGGCCGCCUCCACGACGACGACGGGCACCCGGACCACGGACUUCAUCCGGGCUCCAAUUGGCUAUCCGGCCGGACUGCCGAUGCAGUAUUUCCGCAAGCGACAGGACGACGGUCUAUCUCCGGCCCUCUCCUAUCCGGAGUUGUUUGGCUGGAACGAGGCGGCCUUCUACGGCGGCGACCUGGGUGCCAGCUAUGCGGGAUUGGGUGGCGGCUAUAGUCCCGUCGCGGGAGUGCCCCUGGUGCCCAUCACCAUUGGCAGCGAGGUGCGCUAUGUCCCGAUGAACCUCCGCAUGUACCGCCAGCUGGCCAGGAGUCCAGCUGCUCCGCCGAUGCCGAUGCCGAUGCCGAUGCCGCCGCCGCCGCCUCCACCUCCGCCGGCCAUCCGGGAGCAGGACGAUCAGCUGGAGGAGGACGACAUCUCCGCCUUCGGCCUGACCCCCGAGCUGGAUGUGAUGGAGCUGGAGGACGCGGAGCAGGCCGACGAGGCUCUGGAUCAGGGCCAGGUGGAGGGUCACUCGACCGCCGGCUCACCCGGCUACGGUCUGCUGGGCCAGCGGCUGAGGCCGCGUCCCCUGGUCAGGCGGCGACCUCUGAAGUCCCUGGCCCAGAACAUUCGUCGGGUGCAGUACCUCAGGAGGUAA